CAUCUCGGUCUCUUCGUGUGUGUUGUUGUUUUGGGCUUGUAGUUGGAUGCUACGGCUUUUUGUGAAUGGAGAAGAGACGCUCGGGCUGACAGGAUGGACAGACGUCUUUAUGUCCCUUAGGGAUGGAGAUGAGACAGGCUCAGAUCUGAGACGACACUUAGUCCUGGAAUUAAUCGCAAACACACUAGCAUACACCUGCAGAUCUGGAGGGAUUCCUCGGAGAGGAUGGCACACACAGAUGAGGACCUGAUUGGGAUCCCUUUCCCAAACCAUAGUAAUGACGUCCUGUGCAGUCUUAACGAGCAACGACGGGACGGGUUGCUUUGUGAUGUCAUCCUAGUCGUCAGAGACCAAGAGUACCGCACCCAUCGUUCCGUCCUGGCCGCAUGUAGUCAGUACUUUAAAAAACUCUUUACCGUGGCAACCGGUACCGGCAGGGACUCAAACCAACACGCUGUCUACGAGCUGGACUUUGUGGCGCCUGAAUCGCUGACGGCCAUUUUGGAGUUUGCAUAUACGUCGACGCUGACAGUAACAGCGUCGAACGUCAAAGAGAUUCUGACCACGGCGAGGCUGCUAGAAAUUCCUUGCAUCAUAAACGUUUGUCUAGAAAUUAUGGACACGGGAGGAGGUGGUGGAGGAGGGCAUGGGGUGGAAGGCGAGGAGUUUGAGGGGGACGAUGAGGAAGACGAGGAGGAGGACGACGAGGAAGAAAUGGAGGAGGCAGAAAAUGACUCAAAAGAUGGGGAUGAUCAUGUUGGCGACAACAUCAGCGAAAAAUCGGCACAAGGGGAGCUGUCCGAAAACCAGGACAGCCAUAAAGGCUGGGAAGAGAGGGGAGCGGACAGCCCACCCUGCAGCUCGCAACAGGGGGUACACCCUGAACGGGACAGCAAAUAUUCCCAAAGAUGCCAGUUGGACACCCCAGAAGCCCAACGUGCUGACAAACCCAGAGGGCCAGAGGGAUUAGAGGGCCGUGCACUGAAGGAUUUCUCUAUAGAGUCCCUACUUCAGGAAGGACUGUACCCGAAAGUGCCUGGCUUGGAAAGGGGGGCCAGCUUCUCACCUCUCAUCCCCAGCUUUUACGCUCCCAUGUGGGCAUCAGAGUUCCCAGGGUACCCUCAGCUUCUGGAGGCCCGUCACCCUUCUCACCCCUUCCCAACCGCCUCACUAGAAAACGGCCCGCUGGACCUUGCCGUCAAGAAAGAAGUUAUCAAAGAAGAGAUGAAGGACGAGCCCUCAAACCCUGUCUUUCACAGAGACUUCCUCAAAGACUUCAUGAGUCCAGGAUUGAGUGUGGCCUCUGACCCUGCUCUCGGUCAGAUCAAGGAUGGUGCAGACCUGCGGUCUUACCUGAGUUUUCUUUCUGCAUCCCACCUGGGCACACUGUUUCCUCCAUGGCAGCUGGAGGAGGAGAGGAAGAUUAAGCCCAAAGCAUCACAGCAGUGUCCGAUCUGCAACAAGGUGAUUCAAGGAGCGGGGAAGUUGCCACGACACAUGCGAACGCACACAGGAGAGAAACCCUACAUGUGUACCAUCUGCGAGGUCCGCUUCACCAGGCAAGACAAGCUAAAGAUUCACAUGCGCAAGCACACCGGUGAGAGGCCGUACAUCUGCCUGCACUGUAACUCAAAGUUUGUUCACAACUACGACCUGAAGAACCACUUGCGCAUCCAUACAGGCGUGCGGCCCUAUCAGUGUGAGCAUUGCUACAAGAGCUUUACGCGCUCCGACCACUUGCACAGACACAUCAAACGGCAGAGCUGCCGUGUCUCGCGCCCACGACGGGGGCGAAAACCCUCUGCCUGGCGCUCCACCAACUUCCUCUUUCCUCCAGACCCCAACCCCCACCAAGGAGACAGGACCAUGCGGUUGCCCGCUGCCGGUGCGCCCUUGCUGGCUCAGUUAGCUGAGAGACAGGCGGCCGCUGGGCGGCCGCUGGAGGACGUAGAUGGUGGAAGCGGCAACAGCCGCGAGAGCCUGACGGACAGGAAGCUCAUCUCAGAGGAUGUGGACAGGAAACGAGGGGUGUUCGCUUUCGCAUUGGCAACAGAGGACGUUCUGCCUCACCCACCCUUCUAUUCUGCGACUUCUGACCCCUGGGCCGUGAGACUGGAACGAGCCCCGCCCAUUCCCGAGGCUGCAAAGUGACUUUGUAAAAGUUUUCCUUUAAUUCCUGAGCUCUGAUUGGUUUGGAGUCUGCCUGCCACACCUAAAACAGCUGCUCGCUUCAGAUGCAACAAGCAGAGUUCUUUACAAACUUUCUCAGACAGAGUUCAGAAAAUAAUAGACUUUCGCAUUUUUAAAUGUCAGCUUCCAAUGGGAUGACAAGGAUUUUAAAUACUUUUUAAAAGAUUGGAUGUGUACAUGUCAUAGGCCUAGUUUUUGGAUGCUUCAGCAUUUGCUUACAAGGGUAAAUGAAACAGAAAGUGAGAUUUGCUCAUAGCCUUUCAGUGCAAUCAGUAUGUGAAACAUUCAUGCAAAAAAUUUGACAAUCAGAAAAAGUAGAAAAAGAGAGGUCCUGCUGAAAUAAGUUAUAAGCUUUGAUGCAUUGUCAUAAUUGAACAGUUUUAAAUGAAGGUAUUUCAGAAAUUAAAAACUAAAGAAAUAACACAUUUUAUAUCCACUAUGCAAAAUAUAAUAAAAGUGGUAAUAUUUUUAGAAUUAGAACAGACAACAGAAAACAAUUAGAAAAAAUGUAAUCUCAGGAUCUGACAGAUUGUUUUUAACAAAUCUCUCUUUUUUUUUACUGCCAAAUGUAAAUAAUUAUGCAUAAUAAGAUGUCAAAUAAAUCUGCUGUUCAACAACAACAACAACAACAACAAAGAAAUCACUGAUGUUAUCUUACGCGAUUACUUUCAUGAUUGAUAUUGCAUUUUACUAUUUUACUCUUCAAUCAGCAUCUCGAAUCGACUCUUGAUUAGGAUGCUUUUGUCAGCACCAUAAAAAAAUGAUUUGUAGAGAUGUCAUGACAUUAUUCAUUGUUUUAAUCAUUUCUAUACUGAACAUCUGUAAAACAACCAAAGAUGUGUUGAUAGACUCAAACCUGAAAGGCUUUUUGAAAUUCAACUUUAUCUCUUUGCAGAGCAGGAAGUCUUUUUGUCUUUUUUCACAUAUGAAUUGUUGCUUUAGUGUCUUGGAGGUGCUUGUCAUGUACAGGAAAUGUAAACGGGGGGAUAAACAUCUACCACUUUGGUAAUGCGGUUUCUUCUUUUGUCUGAAUGGCUAUUGUAAUUCAGCAUUGUUUAAACAUUAUUUUCAUGCUAUUUAUGCAUAUUUAAAUAAGCCUUGGCUAUAUUUUACUAAGAUGUUUUAUAAAGACACUAACACUCUUGUGUUCUGAUUUAUCUGAGAGGGGGCGUGUUUUUAAAGAGAGAAAUGUGUGUCCGUGCAGUUUUAGGAUAGCUGAUGUCAAUCCCUCUGAUUUCAAAAUAAUUCAGUAAUUAUAUGGUAUUGAGAGAAACAUAUUUGCAGAAUUAUUAAACAUGUACUGUUGGCAUUUUUACCCACAAGCGAGAUAUCAGUCAAACAAUUUUCUAACAAAACAAGAGCCAAUGUAAAAAUAUUGCAAACGUCUGAAACAGGCUGAAAAUAUCAGAUCAAUAUUUCUGCACUUGAGAAGACCUUUUUUUUUUUUUUUUACUUGGUGUGCAAAAUGCAAAGACAUGUUUCAAUGGCCAUGCACAAUGGAGGUGCUUAAAGAUUUGUAUAUAAGUAAAGCCCUUCUGUGGCUACUGGUGGGAACUUGCACUAUUUGAUGUUUUAAUAUUGGUAACAAUAUAUUCAUAUUUCUUAAAGUUUUAAAAACAUUCAAAAUGACAUGUCUAAGAAAUGCACUUUACUCUUUACACAAGAACAAUUUCAGUGAAAGUCUUUAUAAAUGUGUGUGCUAUUUGUAUAUAAGUUUAAUCCCUGGUAAACAGAAUCAGAUUAAUUCAAGGACUGGAAAACAAUAAAAAAAAAAGUCUUUU